AUGGCGGAAAGCUCAGCGGCGGAGCGCACGCCAGCCUCGGCGCCGGGUGGCGCCGAGGCUGGCGGCAGCGCGCGUGCGGAGGAGACCCCCAAGCGACCGCCCCUGGCACCCUGUGCAGACGCGUCGUCGCCUUCUUCCUCCUCUCCGCCGCAGACUGAGGUGGCGCGGCCUGGCUCUCCAGGUGACGCGGAGAAGCGGGACGACGCGCAGGGCGCUAAGGAGGCAGCGGCGAAGGGGGAGGGAGAUAAGGCCGCGGCGGCCGCCUCGCCGACCGCCUCUUCGCCUUCGUCCGCGGAGAAGAAAGACGAGAAGGCCGCGGAAACGGUCAGCGCCUCCUCAGCCACAGCAGUGCGCGUUCACAGAUGGGCGGACGAGAGCGACGACCUAGACUCUCCCUCCUUUGACCCCAUGUCGGCAACAGACGUGGAUCCCCCAGAGUUCGACCUGGGCAUGCCGGCUUUCGGCUCGCGUCCGGGGGCCUUCGGGGGCCGCGCGGGCAACGGGGUCGUCCCUCACGGCCCCGGGGCCCUGGGAGGCUUCCGCCGCGGCGCAGGCCAGGAGGGGACCUACGGCGGCCUCGUUGAUUCGAGAUACGGAGGCCUGGUGGGCACGCCUCACAGCCACCCCCACGGAUCACCGGCGGGAGACCCGCUCAUGACUCAGGGCAGCGCCGCUCGCGGGACUUUCUCAGAGGUCUACGUGGGAGAGCUCGACGCAGGCGUCACGGAGGACGACGUGACCGCGAUCUUCGUGCCCACCUUGCCUGUCAGAAACAUCCGCAUCGUCCGCGAGCCGCCCAACCGGGGCACCAAGGGGCCCAGCGCCGCCACCUGCGGAGCUUUCGUCACCUUCCAUUCUCCGGAAGACGCCCAGAGGGCGUUGGGCUUCCACGGCAAGCUGUAUCGGCCGCCGCGGGGUGCAGGGGCGCAGGGUCUUCGCGGCUCGGGUCGUGCCUCUUCGGGCUUCUCCGCGGCGCGCGUUUUGCGAAUUUUCCCGAUUUCUUCUCCCCCGCUCCUUUCCGGCGACGGGAGCGGCUCCUCGCCGGGGUAUCUGCUGUCGCGCGGCGGCGGGGGGGCCCAGGGGCCUUCCUUCGGCGCCGGUCAUUACCACGCAUCGUCUGCGUUCUCCUCCUCCCACGUGCUCCAGCGAGGGGGGCGCGGAGGCGCCUUCGGCGGCGGCGUUUACGGUCAGGCGAUGGCGGAUCUUGUUCACCAGCAAGCGGCGUCGUCCUUUCCUGCGUACCGCGGAAACGUGAACUCCGCGGUCUCCGGAGGGGCCCAGGGCGCGGGGCGCGACCGGGGUGGUCGCGCCUUCUCCGGCGAAGAGGGCGCCCAGCGAGGAGACGCGGACGCCAAGGCGGGCGCGCCAGGUGCGGGCUUCGGUCCCGGAGGAGGCGGCGGCCGCGCGAGGAAGUCAAAGAGCCCAGACUUCUCCGAGCUGCGGAAAGAGUCUGCGGCGACGGGGGCGGCUGCAGCGUGCGGAGCUGCGGGGCGCGCCCUCGUCGGCGCGGGGACGCCGGCUGCCGGCGACACCAGAGGCGCGCGAGGCAAAGAGGACGCCGGUUGCGACCGGACACUGCGCACUGGCGGAGGCGCCUUGGCCCCCCGCGGGCCUGUCGCCGCCGCCGCAGUCGAGGGCGAGGAGACGCCCGCCGCCGCCGAGCCGCCCAGAGAAAGGCCCAAACUCGUUUUAAAGCCGCGGACGAAACCUCUCGACUCGGCAGCAGAGCCGCCUAAGCUGAACCCGGCGAUCUUUGGUGCAGCGAAGCCCAUCGACGACCCAGUUGCAAAACGUCAACUGCCCGUCACGGCGUCCUCUGCUUCUUUGCCGCCUCCAGGGGCGGCCUCUGACUUCCCCUCGUCUGCCGCGGCCUCGGCCGCGGGCGCUGCGUCUUGCGGCUCGUUCCCGGCGGCGGCGUCCCCCCCGGCGGAACCCGCAGCGUCAGGGUUUGGCCCCGAGGUUCCUUCGUCUCCGCCGGGUCGCCGGGGUCAACCAGGCUCUGCCGAGGGCCGCGGCUUCGCGGGGGGGGAGAAGGCAGCAGCCGGCGGGCCCCCUGCGCCGUCUCGAGGCGGAAACGCCCCAGGGUCGCCCCGUGCUUCCACGGCUGGCAGCGAGCGUGACGGUCGAGGGCCGCAGCAGCGCGCAGGCGGGCGCGGGGCGGGAGCCUUCUCGCGCCGAGGCGACGAGAGCCAGGCGGAGGAGGCCCGGCACAAGGGCCCGAGGUGGGUAGGCGCGAGCAAGAGUCAGCGGGGCGACGGUGAAGAGCAGGUUUCGGGGGACGCGCAUGCGCACGCUUCAGGCGGCGGGCGCAACAGUCACGGUGCGCUGAUGUACUCAGAGACGUGGAGACGCGCCUUGGGGGAAAAAGGCGCCGACAGAGACAGCCAGCUUGGUGAACAAGACGCGGGAUCGAGCGGCUCGGCGCGAGGAUCUCAGACCAAAAACGAGAAGGCAGGGCACGGCGCGGGGGUCGGAAGGUCGUCAGGCGACGGCGAGCGAAGGCCCUCCGCGAGGUCAGGCGACCCGUUCGGCGGAGCCAAGCCCCGAGACGAGUUCGAGUGGCGCAGGAAGAAGGAAACGACGCCGGCCCUCCCUGAAGACGCCGCGUCGCUGCGAGCCUCGCCGCCGCUGCAGCACCCGCCGAUGUCGCAAUACAUGCCCCACCACGGCUCUGCAGGCCACCCGUCGGGGCGGGUCCCCGGGUCGUUUCCUCCUCCUUCCUACGGCUCGUAUCCGGCGACGCCUGAGUUCAAUUCGCAUCCUGGCGGCCCGCCCCGCCUACGCGAGGACUCGAAUGUCCGCACGCCGCCCUCGGCUGUGGCGACGCCUCCUGACGGGGGCAACAGCAGCCGGGGCAUUCUGGGCCCGUCGCCCUCGGUUCGAGGCGGCGGCGGAGGCGCGACCGCAGUCGCAGGCGUGUUGGGCGGAGGGUCUCCGUCUGGCGCGCCCAAGAAAGGCCCCAGCCCGCUGCCCCUGGCGGCAGGUGGGGCGGCGGGAGGCCGAGGCGCGAACUCGCCCAGUUCUUCCUCGUCGUCGCUCGGAGAUCAUCCGCGGAAGCCCAUGGCGGCGGGACUCGUGGGCACGGGCGGCCCCGGGUCGCCCCACGUGAAGUACGGCGCCUCUGCGCCGGCGCCUACGCGCGGGGGCGGGUCGGGCGCGCCGGUUGCCCCUCCUCGGUCGCCGAAUUCGCCGCCAGCAGGCGGCGCGGGCAUCUAUGGACGCGGUGCGCAGGGCAGCCAGGCUCCGCCUCCUCCCCUCCACAAGGGGGGCGAAGCCGGGGAGCCGGCGCCGCCCGGCCCCAGCGCUGGGAGCUCGGAGAAGGAGCCCUUGUGGAGGAACCAAGCCCCGAACAGCGGGUCCCGCGCACCCCACAGCGGCGGCGCCGCGGCGGGCUUUCCUCAGCCGCGGGGCGGCGGGGCGGGCGCGAGCGCAGGGGUCUUUCGGCGCCCGAACGGCCACGGCAGCGACGGGUUGCUGCCGCUCGAGCGAGGCCCCGACUGCAAGGAGAGAGGAGGCGAGGACCGCGGCAGGGAGUCUGUGCCCAGCCUCGACAGCGGCGUCCUCGCCUCCCCGCCCAGCGCGGGCCCCGGAGGCGAGGGCGGAGACGCGGCUGGCGGCUCAAGCAGCAGCGGCGGCGGCGCCUGCCUGACGCACAGGCUGCACGAGGGCGGUCUCUCGUCGUGGAGCCGCAAGCCGCAUAAUCCGAUCCACGUGCGCGGAGUCCAGGCGGUGGCGUCUGCAGGCGACCGUGACAGAAACGCCGCCACCCCUCUCGUGUGCGCGGACGGCGGCUCGCCCUCCGACGGGCUCGUCUCCGGCAUGCGAACUCUCGCCGAGCAACUGCUCCCCGCCGCCGCGGUCAAGGCCGCAGGAGGCACAGACGGAAGGGCCGCCGCGGAGGACGAGAAGAAAAAGGCGGAAAGCAAGAUACCCGACAUCCUGAGCAAACCCGAGCAGAAGAGUGGACAGACUGUGUGGGAAGCUCGCAACGAGGUGUUGGGAUUGGACAAGAAGCGCGACGCGGCUGGCGAUCACGGCGGCGGCAGAGGAGACUCCGAAGAAGCCGAUGGCCGCGAGGCGCAGAGCGCCAGGCGAGACCGAGACGACGCCUCGCAGCAGACGCUGUGCGGAGGCGACAGGUGGCGCGACGAGGCGGGCGGGCAUUCGCGCCCUCUCCGUCAGUCCCGAGGUCCAGGGGGCGGCGCCUGUGCGGGAUCAGGCCGCGGCCCCCAGGGGGCCGCUGGCGAGCGGGGAGCGGGAAGAACGAAGCGAGAAGGCGAGACCCCCGCAAGUGCAGACGCCUCCGGCGCGCAUGCUCCCGAGCGAGAUAGCGAGGGCGGCGAGGCAGAGCACGGCAGAGGAGGGCGCGCCUUCUUCGGCGCGAUCGGCGCCGAAGAAGGCGCGCAAAUGCAGGACGGAGAGGAUGCGAGGAGAGACGAGGACGGCGGCAGAUGCGCCAGAGAGAGAGACGGAAGAGGAACGGGGGGCGGCACGCGCGGCGUACUCCGAGGGGGACGAGGCCGAGGCGGAGCCGCGGGCGAAGGUCGCACGAGGUGGCGACGCAAUCUGAGUGACGCAGGGGCAGAUGGAAGCUCAACAGACAAAAUAGGCGAAGAUCACCACGGCCCCAGCGACGCCAGCAGCCGCCGGGACCAAACCGCGGCAGACACGCCAGUAGACGACGUCUCGCAGGACGGCGAGCGGCACCAGCAUGCGCGCCGGCGGCAGGGGAGCACGUCCCACUCCACGGAGGCCGAUCAGGGCGAGCGCGGCAUGCGGCGCAGGGGCGAGAGUGUCUCCUCCUGUGCUCACGAAGGGCCUCACCCUAGAGAAGGCGAGAAGAGCUUCCGAACUCGCGGCGGGCGCGGCGGCGGCGCGUGGCGCGGAGGCGAAAACCGACCUGAAGGCGCCGGCCGAGGAGGCCGCGGCGGUCGCGGAGGAAAGGCGCGCGAGGGGGGAAAUCACGCGUGGGCGGGGCAUCGCCGCGAGCAGCCGGGAGCAGGCGCCGCGGAGAAGCGCGAAGAGGAAAGAGCUGCAGACUCUCAGGCUGCGACGCCUCGUGUCCCGGCGCGUGCGAUGCUAGUGCAGUCGGCGGUCGCUUCGUCUCGAGUGAAGACGAACAACCGUUUUUCUGCGUUCGCGGAUUCGGACGAAGGAGAAUCUUCUGACUAG